AUGGCGGGGCUCGAUGAAGGUACACCUCAUCGUCAUCAUCUUCUACUUCUGCACUGUCCGGAUCUGUCCGUCCCUGAUUUUGAGGUUACCGUGGAUGGAUUGUCCAAUUAUCCAGGGAUCGACACCGCGCAGAGAUCGUUCCUCUCUAAUAAGUCCGCUAAGAUCUUCGUCGCCGGUCACCGCGGCCUGGUCGGAUCUGCCGUCCAUCGGAAGCUCCUCUCCCUGGGAUUCGGCAACAUUGUCGUCCGUAGCCACAAGGAACUCGAUCUGACGCGCCAGGCCGACGUCGAGGCCUUCUUCGCCCUGGAGCGUCCCCGGUACGUGGUGCUCGCCGCGGCCAAGGUUGGCGGCAUUCACGCCAACUCCACAUACCCCGCCGAUUUCAUCGCCGUCAACCUCCAGAUCCAGACCAACAUCAUCGACGCCGCCUACCGCCACGGCACCGAGAAGCUCAUAUUCCUCGGCUCGUCCUGCAUCUACCCUAAAUUCGCCCCCCAGCCUAUCACCGAGGACUCCCUUCUCACGUCGCCGCUUGAACCAACGAACGAGUGGUACGCCGUGGCGAAGAUCGCCGGGAUCAAGAUGUGCCAGGCCUACCGGCUUCAGUACGGGUGGGACGCCAUCUCUGCUAUGCCGACUAACCUCUACGGAUUUCACGACAAUUUCCACCCGGAGAACUCCCACGUACUGCCCGGCCUCUUGAGGCGGUUCCAUGAGGCGAAGGUAUCCGGAGCGAAGGAGGUGGUCGUCUGGGGGACAGGCUCCCCUCUGAGGGAGUUCCUCAACGUCGACGACCUAGCCGACGCCGUCGUGUUUCUGUUGGAGAAAUACAGCGGCCUGCAGCACGUGAACGUCGGAAGCGGCAAGGAGGUGACGAUCAAGGAGCUCGCCGAACUUAUCAAGGAAGUUGUCGGAUUUGAAGGGGGUCUCGUCUGGGACCGUACCAAGCCAGACGGAACGCCGAGGAAGCUCAUGGACAGCUCGAAGCUUGCAGAUCUGGGAUGGUCUCCGAAAAUCUCUCUCAGAGAGGGGCUGGAAGCGACGUACAAAUGGUACCUGGAGAACGUCGCCGCCUAG